AUGCCUUCUGCUUCCAAUUCGGAUGAGCUGAUAUUUUUUGUGAAUGGAAGAAAGGUUAUAGAGAAGCAUGCCGAUCCUGAAGUGAAUCUACUAUUCUACCUGAGGAAGGUCCUCCGCCUUACAGGCACUAAAUAUGGCUGUGGGGGAGGAGGCUGCGGUGCCUGCACGGUGAUGGUGUCACGAUAUGAUCCCAAGAACAAGAAGAUCCGCCACUACCCAGCAACAGCGUGCCUGGUGCCCAUCUGCUCUCUGCAUGGGGCAGCCAUCACCACCGUAGAGGGUGUGGGAAGCAUUAAAACCAGGAUUCAUCCUGUGCAGGAACGGCUUGCCAAGUGUCAUGGCACGCAGUGUGGCUUCUGCAGCCCAGGCAUGGUGAUGUCCAUCUACACACUGCUCAGGAACCACCCUGAGCCCACCCCUGAACAGAUCACCGAAGCCCUUGGAGGUAAUUUGUGCCGAUGUACCGGAUAUCGACCAAUUGUGGAAAGUGGGAAAACAUUCUGUGUGGAAUCUACAAUUUGCCAAAUGAAAGGGUCAGGAAAGUGCUGCAUGGAUGAAGAUGAGAGCUCUCUCGUGAGUGGAGAGGAAAAGAUGUGCACAAAACUGUAUAAUGAAGAUGAAUUCCAGCCCUUGGAUCCAUCCCAGGAACCUAUAUUUCCUCCUGAACUGAUAAGAAUGGCAGAAGAUCCAAAUAAGAGAAGGCUGAUGUUCCAAGGGGAACGAACUACUUGGAUCAUGCCUGUGACCUUGAAUGACCUUCUGGAGCUGAAAACCAGUAUCCCCAAAGCCCCACUCAUUAUGGGGAAUACUACAGUGGGACCCAGUAUUAAAUUUAAAGAUGAAUUCCAUCCAGUUCUUAUAUCCCCACUGGGGCUUCCAGAGCUCUAUUUUGCGAAUAACACAGCUGAUGGGGUCACAAUAGGGGCAGGAUACAGCCUGGCACAGUUGAACGAAGCCUUAUAUUUCACUGUCUCGGAGCAACCAAAGGAGAGGACCAAGACCUAUUAUGCUCUCCUGAAACACCUGAGGAUCCUGGCAGGAGCCCAAAUUAGGAAUAUGGCUACAUUAGGAGGACAUGUGGUGAGCCGGCCUAAAUUUUCUGACCUAAAUCCCAUUUUAGCAGCAGGAAAUGCUACCAUCAAUGUGAUAUCUAAAGAAGGAGAACGGCAGAUCCCUUUAAAUGGUCCUUUCCUUGAGGGAUCAGCGGAGGCCAACCUGAGACCAGAAGAGGUUGUGUUGUCUGUGUCUAUUCCCUACUCUACUCAGUGGCACUUCGUGGCUGGGCUCCGGCUGGCUCAACGUCAGGAAAAUGCCGCCGCCAUUGUCAAUGCCGGCAUGAGCGUGAAGUUUGAAGAUGGCACAAACACAAUCAAGGAACUUCAAGUGUUCUAUGGAAACGUUGGCCCCACCAUUGUCUCUGCAAGCCAGACCUGCAGGCAGCUCAUUGGGAGGCAGUGGGAUGACCAAAUGCUGAGCGAUGCGUGCCGGUGGGUCCUGGAGGAGAUUCGCAUUCCACCAGCAGCUGAGGGGGGCAUGGUGGAAUACCGGAGGACCCUCAUCAUCAGUCUGCUCUUCAAGUUCUACCUCAAAGUGCGGCGAGGACUGAAUAAAAUGGAUCCCAAGAAGUUUCCUGAUAUCCCAGAAAAGUUUGUGAGUGCCCUAGAAGACUUUCCGAUAAAAACACCCCAAGGACUUCAGAUGUUUCAGUGUGUGGAUCCCAGCCAACCUGCACAAGAUCCAGUUGGACACCCAGUCAUGCACCAGUCGGCCAUUAAACAUGGCACAGGGGAAGCCAUAUAUACUGAUGACAUGCCUCCCAUUGACCAAGAACUCUUCCUUGCUGUAGUUACUAGUACCAGAGCUCAUGCAAAGAUCACAUCUAUUGAUGUUUCAGAAGCCCUGGCAUGUCCUGGUGUGGUUGAUGUGAUUACAGCAGAGGAUGUUCCAGGAGAUAAUAACCAUAGUGGAGAGAUUUUAUAUGCACAGAAUGAGGUAAUUUGCGUGGGUCAGAUUGUCUGUGCCGUGGCUGCAGACACCUAUGCUCAUGCCAAAGCAGCAGCUAAACAUGUGAGGAUUGCUUAUGAAGACAUAGAGCCGAAGAUCAUCACCAUCGAGCAAGCCUUAGAGCACAAUUCUUUUCUUUCUACUGAGAGAAAAAUCGAGCAAGGAAAUGUAGAACAUGCCUGGAAACAGGUGGAUCAGGUAAUUGAAGGUGAAGUCCAUGUAGAAGGUCAAGAACAUUUCUACAUGGAAACACAAAGUAUCCUGGCUAUCCCAAAAGCCGAAGAUAAAGAAAUGGUGUUACACUUGGCAACACAGUUUCCAACUCGUGUGCAGGAAUACGUGUCUGCAGCACUAAAGGUCCCGAGGAGUAGAAUCGCCUGCCACAUGAAAAGAGCUGGAGGAGCAUUUGGCGGGAAGGUGACCAAGCCGGCUCUGCUGGGAGCCGUCAGUGCCGUGGCCGCCAGCAAGACUGGCCACCCGAUCCGGUUUGUUCUGGAGCGCGGUGAUGACAUGCUGAUAACCGCUGGCCGCCACCCACUCCUGGGGAAAUACAAAGUGGGGUUCAUGAACAGUGGGGAGAUCAAGGCUGCUGACAUACAGUAUUACAUCAACGGAGGGUGCACGCCCGAUGAGUCUGAACUGGUGCUGGAGUUCAUCGUGUUGAAAUCUGAAAAUGCAUACCACAUUCCUAACUUCCGGUGCCGGGGUCGGGUGUGCAAAACAAAUUUGCCAUCUAACACGGCCUUUCGAGGAUUCGGCUUUCCUCAGGCGACAGUAGUGGUGGAGGCUUACAUAAACGCCGUGGCAUCUCAAUGUAACCUACGCCCUGAGGAGAUAAGAGAAAUAAACAUGUAUAAGGGAACUAGCGAAACAGCCUAUAAACAGACAUUUAAUCCAGAACCUUUGAGAAGAUGCUGGAAGCAAUGUCUGGAGAAAUCAUCAUUCUAUGCUAGGAAACAGGCCACAGAGGAAUUUAACAAAAAGAAUUACUGGAAGAAGAGGGGGCUUGCUAUCAUCCCCAUGAAGUAUACCAUUGGAAUCCCCAUAGCCUUCUACAAUCAGGCGGCCGCGCUGGUCCACAUCUAUUUAGACGGCUCUGUCUUGCUGACUCACGGUGGCUGUGAGUUGGGACAAGGCCUGCACACGAAAAUGAUUCAGGUGGCUAGCCGGGAACUGAACAUCCCAUCGUCACGUGUGCACCUGUCUGAAACGAGCACCGUCACUGUCCCCAAUGCCGUCUUCACAGCAGGGUCCAUGGGGACAGACAUCAACGGAAAGGCCGUGCAGAAUGCCUGCCAAAUCCUUCUGGCCCGUCUUCAGCCCAUCAUCAGGACAAACCCGAAAGGAAAAUGGGAAGAGUGGGUUGCCAAAGCCUUUGAAGAAUCCAUUAACCUCUCAGCCACUGGUUAUUUCAAAGGCUACCAGACGUACAUGGACUGGGAGAAGGAAGAGGGCAAGCCUUACCCAUACUACGUUUACGGGGCAUCCUGUUCUGAGGUGGAGGUCGACUGUCUGACCGGGGCCCACAAGCUCCUGAGGACUGACAUCUUCAUAGACGCUGCUUUCAGCAUAAACCCCGCCCUGGAUAUUGGGCAGAUUGAGGGGGCAUUUAUCCAAGGCAUGGGAUUUUAUACCAUCGAAGAGCUGAAAUACUCCCCAGAAGGCAUGCUUUAUACUCGGGGUCCAGAUGAGUACAAAAUCCCCACCGUCACUGAGAUUCCAGAAGAAUUCUAUGUCACUUUGGUGCGCUCUCGCAAUCCCGUAGCCAUCUACUCAUCCAAGGGACUGGGUGAGGCUGGAAUGUUCUUGGGGUCCUCAGUUUUGUUUGCCAUAUAUGACGCCGUGACUGCUGCCCGCACUGAGAGGGGGCUGAGCAGGACCUUCCCCUUGAGUAGCCCAGCCACUCCCGAACUGAUCCGGAUGGCCUGUGUGGAUCAGUGGACUGACAUGAUUCCCAGAGAUGACCCUUCAACAUUUACACCGUGGUCAAUCCAUGUGUCCUAG